CACACAGACUGCUAUUACAACUUAUAGUAACUGUUGUUAUCAUAUUAUAUACUAUUAGUUUUCAUAUCUAGCAUGAUGUUCAAUGUACAAGUAGUCAUAUUUGUUUUCACCAUCCUUGUGAGUUGUGCAAGUUUAGACCCGACGUGUUUUCCUGGGUGCAAGAACACAAACUCCUGGUCAUCCUGUCUUCCCGAUCAUUCUAAACCACCAUCAAAUCCUCACCUCCCCCCAAUGAAGGGUGCCUGUAUAUUAUGCCCCAUGCAGCUACAGCAACAGCCAGUACUAAAUAAAAACAGCUCCUCCCAGUCGAACACAACAUGCCUUCCAAACAACGACCACUUAGGCGUUCGGGGGUUCUCAUUUGGGAUACUAUCAUUUGAGAAACUACGACCACCACCGCAGUGGAAAGUAGGUGUAAAUCAACUUGCUUUCAUUGAAUCUGGAGUCACCGAUUUAGAACAGGGUCUUUUGGCUGAGUUUCCAGGGUUGCAUACGUUAUACCUUGACUUCAAUAACCUGACCCACGUCAAGCGAAGCUGGUUCGGUGAUGAGCAUUAUCAAACCUGGCGUUACUUUUUCCUGUCACUGACACACAACUAUAUAACUAAGAUGGAUUCAAAUUGCUUCCAAAACCUCCCUUUCCUGAGCACAUUGUUACUAGACAGUAACUCUCUGCAAAGUGUCCAGCCAUCUUGGUUUCACAAUCUGAAAAAGCUAGGCAAACUUUCCUUGAAAUCAAAUGCUAUCAAAUUCAUUCCUCCACAGACGUUUAAGUCCCAGUCCCGGCUGAGAGACCUAGACCUGAGCAUGAACCUGUUGACCUGUUUGUCAAGGGAAACUGUAGAGGGGCCAGGGGAACUAGAUGUAAUGUCACUGGGGGGGAACAGGUUGCCUUCUCUCCAUACUUUGGUAAUGACGUGGCGACUUGUCCAUCGUUAUAUAUAUCCCAAUAUUCUUGGGGAAUUUGCAGUAAGGGUUAAUGAAGUGCUCUUCUGUAUCACCAAAGUUUGCCGAAUGGGGCAAUUCUAUCAUGUCCAGAUGCAACAUGACAUCCACACACAGGCAGCUCGGCCAAGUGCGGAACCAGAAAGGCAAUGUACUUUUCUUCAACUACACACACCAAGCCAAACAAAGUACAGUCUGCCAUUGAUUAUCAUAUCGGUAAACAAUACAGAAUCAGACAAACAUGCUAGAAACAUCACCCACUUGUGCCAACAUGCUUGGGAAAAUGUCUCUACUGUAAAGGUAGCGUUACGGGGAGACAUUACUCUGCAGAUUGUUCCCAUGAGUUUAGACAAGUCCUCCAGUCCCCAGACUGUUGCUGUAGUUUUAUCAGAUGUCAUCUCUAAAGAAAACAUGACUCAGGAAGAAAUGAUGAAUGUAACAUGUUUGGUCAACACUUGGGCGGAAAAAUAUCAAGUUGAACAUGUCUUCUCCACACCCUUGUCCAGUACUCCCAAUGCCACCGUGUGUCCAGAAAAGACACAGGCCACAACUCCUGGGGGAAGGAUGUCAGAGGAGUCGGCUCUGACCACAAGAGAGCCUAAGCUCAAGGCAACAAACUUAACCCUGAAUCACACUACAGGUACAUGUAGUCCCUGUCCAAAUCAGACUACAUCUAUGCGUAGUCCCUGUCCAAAUGGAACUGUCAAGGAGAGAUCCCCACAAGUUGCGAUCAUCAUAAUCACUAGUAGUAUGGUAACUGUAAUAGGGGUAGUGCUGGUAGAACUGCUUGUAGCCUAUGUUAUCCGAAGGCAGCACUGUUGGUCACGGGGCAACCAACAAGGCCACCUGGCGGGAGCCCAUGCUACAGCACCUGGGCAACAGUACAGUGAAAUUCCAGACGAGUACUACAACCAGCAAAAUGCUGCGACGCCGACCACACCACAGACUGAUAACGAUUACAGUCAGAUUCCUGAUGAGUACUACAACUACUACAACACCAUCCCAGAUGAGUACUACAACCGCUACAACACAUACCCUCUGAGGGGGCCUCACAACAACAAGGACUACUCUCAGACUGUAAGAUUUAACAUUGCAGCACAUGAGGUGGUCCUUCCUUCAUCAACCCGGCUGGGUGGCAAACACCCAUCCUACGAUACAGUCCCACAAGUCUGGAGAGACCCACAGAACUACCAGAUCCCCACACGUGGACGCAAUACAAACAUCAGAUCACAAAGAAUGCCUGUAGCACGCAGUAGUAGUGAACCACGCUAUAUGGGUUUAAUCGGCAACUAUAGCAAAACCAUGAGAGCUGCAGCACAUGUGGUUGUCCUUCCUUCAUCAACCCGGCUGGGUCACAAACAUCCAUCCUACGAUACAGCCCCACAAGUCAGAAGAGACCCACAGAACUACCAGAACGUAUCAACCCAGCUGGGUGACAAACACCCAUCCUACGAUACAGCUCCACAAGUUAGGAGAGACCCUCAGAACUACCAGAACCCUGUAUCAACCCGGCUGGGUGGUAAACACCCAUCCUACGAUACAGCCCCACAAGUCUGGAGAUACCCACAGAACUACCAGAACCCUGUAUCAACCCGGCUGGGUGUCAAACACCCAUCCUACGAUGCAGCCCCACAAGUUAGGAGAGACCCUCAGAACUACCAGAACCCUGUAUCAACCCGGCUAGGUGGUAAACACCCAUCCUACGAUACAGUCCCACAAGUUAGGAGAGACCCACAGAACUACAAAAUACCUGCACAGGGACGUAAUACAAACAUAAGGUCACAAAAAAUGCCUCUAGCACGCAGUAUUAGUGACCCAGGAUAUAUGGGUUUGAUCGGCAACUAAAAGCAAAAUAUUGAGAAGUACAAAGUUCAGAAUGCAGAGAAUGCCUCUGUACAACAACCCCCUUUCCCAGUCCAACAGACAUUAGCAUAAUGCAAAGUACUUAGGCUGUACUCAAAACUGAUAGCCUGGUUACCAAACCUAUUAUAGCUCCCGAGUCCUACAUCCUC